GUUGGUGAAUUGGGUGGAUCAAUUUGGUAGGUGAAUUCAUGGAAGGUAAAAAUAAAAACAAACAAGAUUGGAGGCUGUUGAUUUAUUACGGCGAUUUGUAUAUUGAUGCUACUACGGUGAACUGCUGGGAAACCUGAAAAGGAAAUAAAUUGUUAAUUAGAAUUUGGAUAAAGUGAUUGAGUUGAAUUAAAUCGGUUGUUGCUAGUAAAUUAGCGGAAGCUUACAGAAUUAGAAGCGGAGUAGGAAUAAUUGGAUUGUAUUGGAAGGAGGAAAAAACUACUCAUCAACAUGAAAAACGUGCUCAAACUGAGUGAGCAGGACCUCAAAUAUGGCGGCAAAAAUUCCUGGCAUGAUCAGUACAAGGACAGCGCCUGGAUAUUCGUCGGUGGCCUGCCCUCGGACUUGACUGAGGGCGACCUGCUAGCAGUGUUCUCCCAGUACGGUGAAAUUGUCAACAUCAACCUGGUGCGGGAUAAGAAAACCGGCAAAUCCAAGGGUUUCUGCUUCAUCUGCUUCGAAGAUCAACGGUCCACCGUGUUGACGGUGGACAACAUGAACGGUAUCAAGCUGCUGGGGAGGUCACUGCGGGUGGACCACGUGUCCGACUACAAACCACCCAAGGACGACAAAGCGGACGAGGAAACGAAACGGCUGUACAUGGAAGGAUGUGCGCCAAAGUAUAGCUAGAUGAGUAAAUCUCGCUCGUGAGAACGAAUUACUUCCUACUUUGAUAAAAUAGAAACUAAUUUUUAAUAUCAGAUAAGAUAAGGUUCGGAAAAAUAAAUAUGGUAUGUAUUGGUUAA